UGUGUGUUGGCCUUUUUUACCAUGAGACACAACUAGAGAAAGAAAGGGGUAAAGGGGAGAAAACGUGGAGUGAAAGAGAAAAGUAGAGGGGAGGGGGAUUACUCACUCCACCACAGUGGGUGGGAUCUGGGAAUUGGCAGUGGCCAAUUGGCAGCCACAACUGGGUCACAUGACCAUUGUAAUAAUCAGUGACAGAACGAAAGAGAGAGAGAGGGAGAGAGAGAGAGAGAGAGAGAGAGCGAAAGAGGGAGGGAACAAGGGAGAGAGCUGCACAUCCAGUUCACCCUCAGUGUGUGUUUGAGUUCAGAGCGGAGACGUAGCACGAGAGACUCCAUGCACACACACAGAGCACAGGGUGCACCUGAGUGACUGAAAAAAAAGAACAACAGCGCAAGACAACAAAGAAAAGAGGGAGAGAAGUGGUGACAAUUACCUUUAGACACCUGAGGCUGAGACAAAGAGACUGUGAAACAAAGAAAGGGGGAGAAAGAGAAUAGAAAGGGGAGACAGCAUGUCUUCUCUCUCCGAUCAGCAGCCUGGCUCUCCUUUCUCAGAGUACAGUGAGCUGUGUAAGGUACCGUCCCUGUCACCCACUGUGCCGGCUCAGAGCUGGGAUUGGCAGCACCCCUCAGGCAUGGACAUGGGCACCCCGAGGGGCCUGGUGGUAGGUGAUGGACAUCUGGCGCCAACUGGACUCACAGAUGAAGACAAGCUGUGCUUCUUCGAGCAUCCAGGCAGGGGCAGCAUGGACACAGAGCUGAAGGUACCAGGGAGUGUUGGGGGCAUUUCAGGGAGCACCUCUCUGGGUAACGCCUCACUGGGUAGUGCAGGGGAGAGCCCAGACAGCCCUCUCUCCUCCUCCCCAUCCCCCUCCCCAGCCUCCCCAGGCAGGCUACCCUCUGCCCUGGGAUGUGGUGGCAUCAGCAGGGUCUCCCUGCCGCCGGUUCCUGGAUCCCCAAUCAGGCGUGCGGAGCUGUCGUCUAGCGCAAUGGCUCCACACUCAAUGGGAGCCUCAUUAAUGGAGGCAUCUCCAGUAGACGGAGACUCCCCAUCUGAACCAUGGAACAGCUCCAGUUUUGCUGAAUCCAGCCCAAAGGUUGCCAUGCCCCAGGUGGCCCCUAACUACUGUGUUAUAGGAGUUGUCAAUGACAACCAUUUGGAGAGUGAGGUUGUGGCUGGAGCCGGGGCAGCCCUGGGGGCUCGGCAGUUAUCCGAGGGCUCUUCAGGGAACAGUGAUGAUGAAGAGAUAGAAGAAGAGGUGGAGUUGGAGCCCUGUUUCAUGGGGCGGGCUCAGCAGCAGAGGAAGGCUAUGCGGCGAGCAAUGUCUGAAUGCUCCCACCUGUCAGUACCCACCAGUCUAGAGCUGCCUGACAAAUACCCAGGGGGAGAUGGGGCAGGGCUUGACCAGCUGGCAUCACCCAUGGGUGGUCCACGUCGCCCACCACACUCCAUGAAGCGCUCACUGACUGUCGCAGAAGAUCAGCCCCCAACCCCGCCACCCACCCUCUCUGCAGCGGGCACCACACACAUCGACCUGCGGCAAGCCCCGCCUGAGCCUCGCCUCUGCCUCUCCCCGUUCCCUCCACUAAAGGAUGGCAAUGCUGGCUUCCCUCUAUCACCACUAGAGGCCUCGAUGGAGGGCUUUAGGGUGGAGAAGGAGACAGGUGGUAUUGUGCUUCCAGUGCCCCUCAGCCCCAAGGGGUUCAGCUGCAUGGACACCAGCUCUGCUCUGACUGCAGGUGCCGACACUGAAGGGGGAAGUGGUACCAAAUCUGACAAGGUUAAACAUGCUGAGUUUGACAGCAAUGAAGCGGAUACUAAACUCAACACUGGUGGUGUAGACUUUGGAGCUGGCAACAAUUUGACAGUGACAGGGGGCAUUGAUGGUGACCUCACCACUAGUGGCUAUACCAGCCAUGGCUUGAACUCCAGCACUAACCCUUUCAUCACAAUGGAUGUUAAGUCAGACAAGAUGGAGAAGGCAGAGAAGAAGGAGGAGAAGCUGGAGGAUAAUGUAAAGAAGGUGGACCUGUUUGAUCCCCUGGAAAAAGCUGAGCAGAAGAGUGUGAAGGUUGAAUAUGCAAGCACUGAGACUCCAGAUAAGGUGGAGAAAGAAACAGAGAAGGAAAAGCAGAAAGAGAAAGAAGCAGAAAAGGUAAAAGAGGAGAAAGAAAAAGAGAAGGAGAAGGAGAAAGAGGCAGAAAAGGUGAAAGAGAAAGAGGCAGAAAAAGUGAAAGAGGCAGAAAAGGUGAAAGACAAAGAGGCAGAAAAAGUGAAGGAAACAGACAAACAAGCAGAAAAGGUGGAAGAGAUAAAGAAAGAGACAGAAAAGGAGAAAGAGACAGUAAAAGUAGAGUCAGUGCAGCAGAAGGCAGAAAAGGAGGAUAAAAUGAACAAGACAGAAGAAUCACCAGAGAAACUGGCGAAGACAGACAAGGUGGAGAAGAUGGAGAAAGUAGAAAAAGUGGAGAUGACAGACAAAGUAGAGAGCAAAGCUGAGAAAGCAGAGAGUGUGGAGAAGAUGGACAAAAAUGAAAAGCCUAAAGUGGAAGAAAAACCAGAGAACAAAAAUACUGAGAAACUCGAGAAAACAGAGAUGAAGGAUGGCAAAGAGCAGCACAUCGACAAAAUGGAGACCCCGGAGCAACAGCCGACACCCGUCAAACUCGAUACCAGUUAUGACAAGCAGGAGAAGAAGGCUGACACAGAGACAAAGGUGACAGCAGAGGUGGAAGAAACCAAGAAAGAGAAGGCUGACGCAGACGAAGCCAAGAAGACCGAGAAAGAGAAUGAAGUGGAGAAACCACCUGAGAAGCCUGCCGAAAAACCAACGCAGAAGAGCGAAAAGGAAGAGAAGCAGGACAAAGUGCAGGCUGAAAAAAAGACUGCUGAGAAAAAGGAUGACAAGAAGGACAAGGCAGCGAAAGCCGACGGAGGAGAGAAGGCCAAAAAAGCGAAACCUGCAGCAAAUGGAAGCAGUGCAGCACCCAGCAAAGACCUGGCAGGUGCAGACAAGAAGACCAAGCCUGCUGCCGGGGCGACCAAACCAAGCACCGCUGCCAAAAUGCGGCCAAGCUCUGCGGCUGCUAGUGGUGGUUCACCCGCAGCCCCUACUAAGCGCCCCACACCCUCCUCCACCACCUCCACCUCAGACAAAAAAACAGCCACAGCAAAGGCACCAUCCACAACCACUGCUGGCCCAAAGCGGCCCUCCACCACUUCUUCCAGCCGCCCCUUGUCAUCAACCACAGCGACUACACGUGAUGUCAAACCCAAGACAACCACAGAGAAGCGUCCCUCUGUGCCAAAGGCCAGCACUGCCACCUCGAAUCAAACGGGCUCCACUGCCACCACCAAAAAUGGAACUGCCACCACAGCAGCCAGUAAAACCACUACAUCAGUGCGCACGGCAACAUCUACUCGCACUGCUACCGCCACUGCAGCCAAAAAGCCUCUGGCCUCUAAGACAGACAGCAAACCAGGAGAGGAGAAGAAACCCAGCACUCUGAAGACUUCUGCAGCUGAUUCUACCAAGUCCAAGACCACCACCACCCGCAGCACUGGUUCCACCACUACUGCCUCUCGCCCACGAACUACAGCAACUAAGCCGGCCACACCAUCCUCCACCUCUGGCACAGUACCAGAGAAGAAGCCCCCGGUGCCCCGCGCCCCCCGGGCUGCUUCCUCAACCACAGCUACUUCCACUACCACCACUACGAGGACCACAUCUCGCCCCGGCACCGCACCAGCCCCGGACAUCCGCAACGCCCGCUCCAAGAUCGGCUCUACAGACAACAUGAAGCACCAGCCUGGAGGAGGGAAGGUGUCAUCUGCCUCUCAGAACAGGGCUGUCGCCUCCAAAGACACGAGCCAGGGCAAAGUUCAGAUAGUCUCCAAAAAGCUGGACUUCAGCCACGUCACCUCACGCUUGGGCUCCAAGGACAAUAUGAAGCAUGUUCCUGGUGGAGGGAAUGUGCAGAUACUCAACAAGAAGGUGGAUUUGAGUAAGGUGACAUCAAAAUGCGGCUCCAAGGACAACAUCAAGCACAAGCCUGGUGGUGGAGACGUGAAGAUUGAGUCCCACAAAGUGAACUUUAGGGAAAAGGCUCAGUCCAAAGUGGGCUCCAUGGACAAUGUGAGUCAUUCACCUGGUGGAGGAAACAUCAAGGCUGAGGGGGCCCAGGAGACAACAGAGGGGAAUGGGACUCCCCUGAGUGGCACCCCGGCCCCAGGCCCAGGCUCCGAGCCAGGGCAGACUGGGAGCCCCGCUGCCCAGGAGAAUGGGCUGAAGGACGGGGCUCCCUGUGAUAGUGAGAGCCACCGGGAGCCCCAGGCUCUGGACUCAAGCAUCCCAGAGACAAAAAUGGAUUGCAGUGGUGUUAUCAGUGAACUCUACAUCUAAAAGAACGAUGAAGGUGUCCGUCGUUCCGCCCCAGCAGAUGUAACAAAAUUAAGAGUCAGGAGCUGAUGAGAGCAGCAUCUCUGUUACAAUUUCCUCAUCAGGUUACAUUAUGUUUGUUAUUUCAGGGUUAGCUCUGGGAUUAUAUGAAAACAUAAACCAAAAUACAGUAGAGUUAGAUAAAGAUAGAUAAAGUCUGAAUUCAUAGCAAUUUACGUUUGAUAUGUGCAGCAUGUAGAAACAAGACAGAUGGUGACCACUAGUGGGGCCUGAGGGAAACACCACAGUCUACAUCUGUUAUUUAACAUUUUAUCAACCAUUGCAGUGUAAAUAUAGCAUAGGGCCAAACUGUGUGUUUUUAUCAUAUCUCAAUUCACAGGCCUGUAAAUAACUCAGUGAGUAAAGUCACACAUCUGUAUGUAUAAUGAAUAAUCAAGUAGCAUAUUUCAGCCUUCUUCUCUCAACAUAAUGUAAUUACUGUAUGAGGCUUUUUACAACAUUACUUUCCUCACAGUUUUUCAGGUCUUCAUUAUACCCUGGGCAUAACACAGGGUGGAAUAAUCAGCAUGUAUCAAGUUAAUUAUGAUUAACAGUUACCAAGCCCCACACUGAGAUUGUCGGUGUUAUUAUGUUACAGGACCUGGUAUUUAUCAUGCAUUCUUUAUAGCCUUCCAAAGGUUUACAACAACUAAGCAGCCAUAAACAUGAACACAGUCAGACUGAGCUGUAUUAUCUUACACAAUGUGAUUUUUACUUCUCUUCCUCUGUGGAAAAAAAAGAUCCACUUUAAUAAAUCCAAGGCUAAUAAUUUUCCAUAUGACAGACCUGGAUGAUUCUUUGAUUGCCUUGGCUCUCAAACUCAGUCCAUUCUUCAUAUGUCCCAACUCAAAAACUUUCACCAAGCUUCACUCUCUGUGUUGUUUAAAACUUGCUGGAUUGGGGGAAAAAGUUGGUGUGCACUUCAAAAUAAAAAUACUAAUAAUAAAAAACCA